AUGGCCCCAGAUGCAGCGACUCUCCCGUCGCCGCCUACGUUCGCGCCAGGGGCUGCUUUCAGCCGUCGCAACACAGGUGGCCUGGGCCCGGACGAGAGGCAAAUCGAAGGGGCCGGGGGGCAUCAGAACGGAUCCUCGCCGCGCUUCCCCAAUAUAAAAGACCUCCAAGAUGAGGCAGCGGCCUUGAAUGUGAAUGAAAGUACUCCGCUCACGGAUCUGUUGAAUACCGCGCAAGACGCCAUUGCUAAGUUCAGAGGGUUCGCGGAAUACAAUCAAUUAGAUAAGGCAUACGUGCAGUAUGUUCGCGCUUCCGAGAUCACUAUAAACCUCAUUCCGCACCAUCCCAACUAUCGGACCGCUGCCAUUCAAUUUCCUGGCUGGCAUAAGCAAUUUCAAGACCUCAUGAUGGCAGUCCAAACCAAGCAGGCAACCGUGGCCUCAAUCAAGGAGCAAAUUUUGGAGAACAAUCUAAGGAGCAAUGUACAGCCAACCGGUCAAUUCUCAGUUAACAGUCGAAGUUCUGCAUCACAAAUACUUCCUGCAGGAACGUAUCCACCCACAGACCAGCGGGGACGUCCAAGUGAGCUAGGGAACUCAUCAAUGCGGAUGCCUAGCCCUUCUCAGUUUCAAGCGUUCGACUCGCAAGCGCAACCUAAGAGAUUGAAGACGACAUCUCCCUCCAAAGAUGGUGGUGAGGGCUUUGCUGAAAACCAAUCGCCUCGGCCGUCAUCCUAUAUAUCUCACGGCCCAACAAAUGGAUCGACUUUGAGCUCUCCUGUCAGGAGGCCUCUAGGGCCUCGAAGCAUGGGAACCACGCAAAGCGGGCCCUCUUUACCCCCAAAAAUACCCCUCAAUACCUCACUACCGCGUGCACCAGACCCAGCUUAUAGUCCGAUAUGGACGGUGCCUUCACAACCUCCAUUCAACCCACCGAAAACCUCGACAGAGAGUUCCCGGCCCAUAAAUGCGCGAUACUCUCAGUUUGCCAACUCUCCUCGCGGCAGCCCAGGGCCCUCCGGAGUCGAUGACAACCCCUAUCGAUCUCAGACUCCAAAUGGCCUUCAUUCGAUCGAGGGACCUGUUAGUAGCACGGCUGAACUACCGCAUCGAUCUACAAUAACAACUCAGGAGCUUAUGGACUACCUCAGACGAUUUAACAUUUUGCUGAUCGAUGUGCGCUCUCGAGAGGACUUUGACACGGGCCAUAUUUAUGCGAAAUCAAUCAUAUGUAUAGAACCUGUGGCGCUGAAGGAGAAUGUCUCGGCAGAGGAACUUGAGGAGCGUCUGGUGGUAUCACCAGAAUUCGAACAAUCUUUGUUUGAGAGGCGCAACGAGUUUGACAUGGUGGUUUAUUACGACCAAAGUACAAGCUCAAACAGCUAUCUUGCGGGCCCUCCCAUCGGAACCACUGCGCCUCACCUCAGAGCGCUGUAUGACACUCUCUACGAAUUCAAUGCUUACAAGCCGCUGAAAGAUGGACGCCCACCUGCACUUCUCCUGGGUGGCUUGGACGCCUGGAUUGACCUCAUGGGACAGCAGUCUCUGGGCACCUCCUCUACAGCAGCCGUAAUGGCCUCAAUCCAGGCAAAGCGUCCUGUCGCCAGACCUGGGAGGCCGCUUGGGAGAGUACCCACCACUGCUAGCGCCAAUUCUAGCUUGGAGGUCAGAAAGCGCAGACUUCGCAAGCUUGAACAGCUAAACCCCGAAGAGCUCAUCGAAUGGUUGGAAAAGUCCAAAACGGAAGAAAUCGACACAAGCACCUAUCUAGGAGAAGAGACUCUCGCAGAGGAACCUGAGGAGGAGCAAGAAGCCGAAACCCCCGUCUCACCGUUUGUUCGCUCCUACGACGAUUUCUUGCGCCGGUUCCCCGAACCACAUGCUAUCCAACAGUCGAUGGUAACGCCUCAGGUGCAACCACUGGCGGCCCGCACUUACGCUGCUCCUAUGCCUGUUGCUCCAUCGAGGCCACCACCUGCUGUCCCACGGCCCAGUUAUAGUGGCGUGUCUGAUGGUCGGCAACUACAGCCCCCAUUGCAAAGGCAGAAUUCAGCAACAAAGACGGCACUCUAUACUUCAAAUUCCAUUCUAAAUCGCCUCAAGCUUCCUCGGACUGGAUUGGCAAAUUUUGGCGUUACAUGCUACCUGAAUUCAACAGUUCAGUGUCUAAGUGCCACGGUGGAGAUGAGCAAGUUCUUCAUCGAUGACCGGUUUAGAUUUUGUGUACAGAAGAAUUGGAAGGGAUCCCAGGGAGUCAUGCCUGGGCUAUUCUCGAAUCUUAUAAGAUCUCUGUGGAAGAAUGAUGUGCAGGUGAUCAUGCCGACGUCGUUCCGAAACUUUUGCGGGCGCCUAAAUCAGGAGUGGGGUAUCGAUCGACAACAGGAUGCGAAGGAGUUCUUUGAUUUUGUGGUUGAUUGCCUCCAUGAAGAUCUCAAUGGCAAUUGGCAGCGGAAUCCGCUUCGGCCUUUGACGUUUGAAGAGGAGAUUCGGCGGGAGAGGAUGCCGAUGGCCAAUGUAUCCCAAAUAGAAUGGGACCGUUACUGCCACCGGGAAAAGUCAUUUAUAUCCUCCCUCUUUGCUGGUCAGCAUGCGAGCCGGCUCCGCUGUACGACCUGCAAGCGGACUUCAACCACUUAUGAAGCCUUCUACAGCAUCAGCGUCGAGAUUCCGCCGUCGGGGAAGGGGGACAUCUACCAGUGCCUUCGCAGUUACUGCCAGGAAGAAUUGUUGAGCGGAGACGAGGUCUGGAAGUGCCCAUACUGCAAGUGUGAACGGGUGGCGACCAAGCAGAUCAUCAUUACUCGCGCCCCUCAAAUUUUGGUCGUCCACUUCAAGCGAUUUUCCGCAUCGAAAACCCAGAGUGCCCGUAAAAUCCAUACGCCCAUCGACUUCCCACUCCACGGCCUCCGCAUGGACGAUUUUGUGUUCUCGCAAACCCGAUCGCAGCCAGACCCCGGUGAUACUGCCAACCCAGCAUUGCAGGAUACAACCUCUCCCACAGACCCACCGUUUACCUAUGAUGCAUACGGAGUUUUGCGUCAUAUAGGGGCGUCCAUGGGCAGCGGCCAUUAUAUUUCCCUUGUCCGCGAUGCAUCUCGCCAGUGUUGGCGCAAAUUCGACGACGACAAGGUAACCGACUUCAUGCCACGCGAUUUGUCGCUCAAGAAUCGGCUGCAGAAUGAGCAAGCGUAUAUUGUAUUCUAUGAGCGCGUGCCAGCGAAAUAG